GUGCCUGCAUAAAUAUCACCAACAGCCAGUGCCAAAUGCUGCCAUAUAACUACACCACUAUAACUUCAGUUCUUUCCAUUGUCAAAAGUAUUGAAAUGGAAAAGUUCCUGAAGUUCUUCAGUUAUCUCAAUCGUCUCAGCUGCUAUCAACACAUCAUGCUGUUUGGCUGUAGUCUUGCUCUUCCUGAAUGCAUCAGUGACGGUGAUGACAGUCGAGGCCUCUUGCCCUGCAGGACAUUUUGUGAGGCAGCAAAAGAAGGCUGUGAACCAGUCCUGGGUAUGGUAAAUGCUUCUUGGCCAGAAUUUCUGAAGUGCUCUCAGUUCCAAAACAAAACUGAAAAUGACACCACUACAAGGGUAUGCUUCUUACCACACCAAGAAAAAGGAAAGCAAUCGCUGUGCAGAGGAGAGGAGAGUUUCUUGUGUGCCAGUGGAAUCUGCAUCCCAGGGAAACUGCAGUGUAAUGGCUACAAUGACUGUGAUGAUUGGAGUGAUGAGGUCCAUUGCAACUGCAGUGAUGAUGUAUUUCGUUGCAACACAGGAAAAUGCCUAAAUUAUACCUUUGUUUGUGAUGGAUAUGAUGACUGUGGAGACCUUAGCGAUGAACAAAACUGUGAUUGUAAUCCAAUGACUCAUCAUCAGUGUGGAGAUGGGAGAUGUAUAACAGCUGAUUGGGUAUGUGAUGGUGACCAUGACUGUAUAGACAAAUCAGAUGAAAUCAAUUGCUCAUGUCAUAGUCAGGGUCUGGUGGAGUGCAGAAACGGGCAGUGCAUUCCUAGUGCAUUCCAGUGUGAUGGAGAUAAUGACUGUAAGGAUGGAAGCGAUGAAGAAAACUGCAGUGAAAGUCAAACCCUCUGUCAGGAGGGAGACCAGAGAUGUACUUCCUGUCCUGAUCCCUGUGGAACUUCUCUCUGUGAGAUGAGAAACAGCCAGACAAACUGCAGUCAGUGUGAACCAAUUACUCUGGAACUCUGUAUGAACUUGCCUUACAACUAUACUUAUUAUCCAAACUACCUGGGCCACAGGACACAGAAGGAAGCCUCUAUCAGCUGGGAGUCUUCUCUUUUCCCAGCCUUGGUUCAGACCAACUGCUACAAGUACCUUAUGUUUUUUGCCUGUACAAUCUUAGUACCAAAAUGUGACCCCCAUACAAAUCAGCGGAUACCACCUUGCAGGACAUUAUGUGUACAGUCUAAGGAACACUGUGAGUCUGUGCUUGGGAUUGUAGGUCUGCAGUGGCCAGAAGAUACUGACUGCACUCAGUUUCCAGAUGAGAACUCAGACAACCAAACUUGUCUAAUACCAGAUGAAGAUGUAGAAG